GUGGUACAAACUCAACUCGAAGACGGGGAAGAAAGAGAAGGAGCGAGGAGACAUUCAGGUCACCGUUCAGUUCACCCGAAACAACCUGACAGCCAGCAUGUACGACCUCGUCAUGAAGGACAAGAGCGCCUCCACCUUCGGCAAGCUCAAAGAGCGCAUGAAGGGGAAGAGGAGAUCCAGCGACGAGGACUCGGCGUCGGCCAUCGUGUCGAGCGGUACCGCGUCCCUUUACAGGAUGCGGCACCGACUGCCGAGCGACGGAGGCGGGGAGGAGGACUACGAGGACGACGAGGGGGGCGAGGUCCGGCGGAGCAAGAUGAGGACCUUCUUCCUGAGAGGGAAGCUGAGGAAGUCCUCGGAUACUCGUUCCAGCACAUCGCUCGGCUCGGAGAGCAGCGAGUCGUCUUCACGGGGAGGGAGCCUCAGCCCCACGGCCGGCAUCAGCGUGGUGGUCUCCGACCUCUCCAACUCGCCCAGCAACAGCAGCAACCUGACAGUCGACAACAGCCCAGAGCACACAGCCAACGUGUCGCCCAAGUCGUCCUCUCUCCAGUGUGAGUUUGGCGACGAUGAGGCCGGUGAGAUCACCAUCGCAGUGCCUCAGCCCGCUGUGUACGUUAACGGAAGCCAUGCUUACAGCGUCCAGCCCCUGGACCCAGGCUCAGGAAAACCGAAGGAUUCUUUAGGCCUGGGACUGCUGCAGAAGACUUUGCCUCUGUCCACGUCUCUGCAGAACCUCAGACCCUCCUCAGACCUCCCCAAAGGCCCCGCGGGGGACGGGCGCCGCUGGUCUUUUGACAGGCCCGGCGAGGAGGAGAAGGCAGCCAUAGCGGCGGCCCUGGAGCAGAGCGGCCCCAUGCAGGGUGACGAGGAGGAGCGGGCCGCUCCGCCCAAAGCCGCCUCCUCCUCCUCCACCUCCACGGUGGAGUCGGAGAGCCAGGGGAAAAAGCAGAGGAGGAACUUGUUCUCCCACGGGAAGAGUGAGUCUGCGGGGAAAGGUCAGUCCAAGGAUGAGUCUGAACAGGCCACCGCCGCCGAGGAGAAACACAGGGGAUGGUUUGGAUCGAAGGACUCGCACAGCAAACCCAGGUGAGACACACACAGAU